ACAAGUCGGUAGACAUAGCGGCAGCCAAUGGUGUGUGCUGACCUUAAUGACCUUAGAGUGAGAAGCAGCAGAAGCUCAUGUCGACACACUACUAACACUGUGUGCUUAUCUCCCCUAUCUCCCGUAUGCACUUGUGUCCCCUUGGCACAGAUGUCCCACCUGGGCGGCUCCGGCAUCAGACGCAUGGGCCUCGUAGUCAGAACUCAGGUUAGCUGUCGGAGGAUCAUCACAUCGUCCAGUUCUUGCAGUUGCUGUGUGUUUCGUUACAAGAAACUGUUGCAGUGUUUACCUGAAGACAUUUCUGCAGGAUUUAUUCCCGUUACAAGAAAGUGUUCGUAGAUGACGUGUAGGAUGUACUGACUACUAACUGCAUUGAAACGACGCUAAGAAUAUUUCCCCAAGUUCCACGACUUUGGUGGCCACUGAGAAAAGCCCGUGUUCGAGUGAACAACUUUCCUACUGGCAGAGCCGGGCUGCUUUGUAUGACGUCACAACAGGAUGCUGGCCUCGCCCCUCACAGCACGUCACUGGCAGCCAUGUUUCCCCACCUGCGACGCCGACCACGUCACGGACUACAACGGCAACCGGCAAGGGCUGUGUCCACGCGGCCAGGCUACACCAAUGAGCUGCGACUUGCAGCCUCCGCAUGCCUACCACUACGACGACACGGGCAACGGUGACCCGACGUUUGGACAGACUGACCUGCCGCCACCAGCCGACCCGUCACGCCCCCUAGUGUCCGGCCAAGCUCCUGAUCGACUGCUGCCCGAGCUGACGUCAUUUCAGCCACUCGGUGACGUGCUUAGUCCACCGGUGACGUCACCGCCCUCUGCUUGUCAACUGUCCUUCCCUGAGGACCCUGCUCUGACCAUGGCGACCCACACAGGUCAUCUACCGUUCCCGGAGGGUACAGCCACCACAGCAACGUCCACGUGCCAGCCGGCAGUCAGUCCACAAGAUAAGGACCGCGACCCCAGACCCUCUUCACGAUCUCGUGAAAGGCGGAGGUUGAACUACAGGACUGGAGACGAUGGACUGACCGCCGGACCUUGUCCACCUCGAGUCGAUACCCCGUGUGACGUCUGCGGCGAGCCGGCCAGCGGCCACUACUUCGGUGCCCUGGUGUGUCUGCCAUGCAAGAGUUUCUUUAUCAGGUGCACAAAGACCGGGGAUCCAGUGUUUUCCUCCCAGUGCGGAGGAACCUGCGAUGUUCACAAGUUAGGUCGCAUCCGAUGUCAGUUCUGUCGCUUCCAGAGAUGCUUGUCUGCCGGCAUGUUCCGCAAAGAAAAACCAGAAGCUGUUGUACCUGCUGAGGGACAGAUGCUGUGCAAGGUGUGUUGUGACAUUGCUAAUGGCGUGCACUUCGGCGUCACUACCUGUGAAGGAUGCAAGAAAUUCUUCCGUCGCGGGCUGAAGGAGCACCAGGCCUACGUGUGCAAGGUCGCCAAAAAAUGCACCAUCAACCCGCGCAUGCGCAACAACUGCCGCUACUGCCGCUUCCAGAAAUGCCUCAACGUCGGCAUGUCCCGCGACGCCAUCAAGAUGGGGAGGCCUAAAAAAGAUGGACGUGCGGUCUGCCGACAGGACACACUCCAAGCUAGCCUAGAGACAAAACUAAUGGAACCGAGGACGAUGGCAGACACCUUCCCACCGAGCUACCCGGACCUAAAUCCCCUCCCUCCUCCUCCGUCCGGCAAGUACGAGUCCGACAACAGCGAGGCGUCGCGCCAGGACGUGCAGGAGCAAGACUUCAGUGUGGAGACUUACGAGUCCAGCAGCUUUUCCGACGACUUCCUAGCAGCCGUCAGCAUGGACCUGCAGCCCUCGCCAGGGCCUGCCACCAAACAUCCUUCCGCUUCAUGUGACGACAAGACACUAAUGACGUCACCCAGCGUGCGUUCCGUGACGUCCUUCUUCAAUGACGGCAGCAACGUCGUCGGACCGGAUCGUUUGACGUCACCAGGUCACAUGGCGUCAGACUUCUUCUCCCAGCAACGAACGCUACGGCGACAACUGUCCGAUGCCUCGGUGUCGUCGGCAGUGACUGAAUGUGAGUAUCAGAGAGCUGGGCUUUCGCCCGAGCUGGACGGCUCUCUGGUCGGACGUGUGGGAGCGGCCACCCAGCGGGCGGGAGGUUUCCUCACGAGGUGCUCCUCUCUUUACUCGGUUGUCCCCCUCGCCAGUCCCACCUCGCGGCAGGAAGCCUCGCCUGGGGUGGAGGCGACAUCCCCUGUACUGCCAACAACCUUUUCUCGCACCAUCUCCGAUCCCGGGUGCAGCAGAACAAGAGAUGCCUCCCUAGCAACAGCGGGUGCUGCCACCUGUAACGGGCUUUUUCUCCCACGUCAACAAUUAGGUUCCGAUUGGCUGCCUGGGGUCAUGUGCAGGUACAGCAUACCUCGCAGGUACCAGUCCCAGCAAGAAACACCGGGCCAUAGCGACAGCUUUGCACCCCAAGGACUGACCAACGUGUGUCAACGUGGCAUAGUAUUCGAUUCUGAAGGUUAUCCUCUAGGAGAUGACCCCAGCAUGACGUCAGCGGAACGGGUCAAGAUCAUUGGGUCCAGAUUGUCAGAGUGGAGAGCAGAAACGCACAACCGAGACACCUGGGUAAGUCCUCUUCCCCGUGGUCUUGACCUUUACCAUGUGUAUGACACGGUCGUCGAGCAACCUGCGGAGACAUCCGGAGCGUUGGUGACGUCAGCUAAGAUGGCAGCCUCCCGUGGCACGUAUGUCUCGCAACUGCAAAGCGGCCAGCCACCAGCGGAAUUUUUUCUCCCAACAACGUGCGAUAACCCACCUGUCAAGCCCGUGAAUGAGCUAAGUUUCACCCACGGAUCAGUCAAGGGCUUGGAUGGCCCGAUGGUCGGCGUCAGCUCCGCCUCCAGACGACGGUCCGACUCCGCCUUGAACUGUCCAACUCGCGUCAAGUCCCGGCGACGGAUUGCUAUCGCUCAAGAUCACAGCAACGCUGCCGAGAUAAACGGACAGUUGGAUGAGGCAGUGGACCUUGAAAGUGCAGUUGACGAUGACGUCUUUUUGUCGAAGUAUCAGUUCCGGCGAGGUCACUGUGAUGUCGCGGGGAUGUCGAGGCUAACUGACGCGGCACGUAGCGACCUGCGGCGCGCGCACGGCAAGAUUAACCUCGAGAAAAAGACCGGGGUGUCGGGAAUGGCGUGGGUGCCUUUUCUCGGCCACCUCGAUUCAGUUCCAUAUCUUUCUGCGGAGUCACAGGUUAAGGACAAGCACGAGGUGGAAACGUACAUUGCCAGUCAUCCUCAGCAACAGCAACAGCAACAGAGUCUCUGCGUCUAUUUUGCCGCGCCUGAGCAAUGCUGCAUGCGAACCGCAUGCGACAGACACUCAAGUAGCAGCAAGGACCUGGCACUUGAGUUUGGCCGUCACCACGAAGCUCCUUGUAGCGCCUGGGCGCCGCACGGCAAAGCAAAACUAAUCCAGGGGGAUGGUAGAGGUUGCCGCAGUGCAGAGCAGACUGGACCGACAGACAACAGGACCACCUUCACUUCUCCCACAUCAUCAAGCAGACUCAACUGUUCGAACCCAGUCAGUGACAGACGAGGUCAUGACAAUGAGGGAGAGGAGAACUGUCAGCCGCGCUCGAUGUCAGCAGGGAGAGCGGUUCACGUUAUUCCAGGUCUAGACAAUGCCCCGAUGUCUAUAGCUAUAGACAACAGGGGUCUGCUGGACGUCAAUCGACACUUUCUGGCUAUAGACAACUCUUGUGAGACCAACGGUUGUCACGAUGGCAACGCGCAGGCAGCCUCUCUAGACCAUCAGGGAGAGCCACCUGUUUGGCGUACAGGACGCCAAGUCUCGUCGACGUCCCCUCGCGCCGUCAACCGCUCGUCAGACGACAAGGGCGCCGCGCCGUCUUGGCAAGGGAGAAGACAUCAGUCCUGGGAAACUUUUAGUGCUAGACGAGAGCACGAAUACUGGCAUCAACAGCCCUUAUGUGAGGCGUUGACCCUCGCCACGGACACACAGCAGACCAUUCACGCUGUCCUCCAAGCAGUAACCCGCCUCAGGGAGGAUCUGAGUGACCCUCGCCUUCACAAGAUGUCUGAUCACAUGGAGAUUGACAAGUCUGUUCAGACGCUGGAGUGGAUGUACCGCUUCAAGCAUGUCCUCACGACAGCCAGUGACCGAUGUCUGGCCGCUCUGCCAGGGUGCGAAGACCUGACGAGCGAGGACCGCGCCCUGUUGAGCCAGGCGGCGGGGUUCGGCGCCGUCUUGAUCCUCACCGCCUACCUGGAGUACGACGCGGACCUUAAGAUGUUUCGCCAGGUGUGGAACUGGGCGGUGCCCCUACAGUCGCCGCUCUUUACCUUCAAGGUGAACCUGCUGGAGGUCGCCGACCUUAUCCUGCAGGCAGGCCUUGACCCCACGGAGAUGGCGCUGCUGUGCGCUCUUUGCCUCCUCAGGACAGACAUCGAGGGCAUUCGCAGUAGAAACACCGUCUUCACUGUCAAAGCAGCCAUGAUGGAGGCCUUACAAGCGCAUGUUGCAGCCAAGAGGCAGCUGCCAGGACCUCGUUUCAGAAAGCUUUUCAGUGUCAUGCCUGACGUCAGCUUCUUGACAGCCUGGUACAACAGCCUCGUGCAGCAUAUCGCGUGCAGCUGACAGCCUGGUAUAACAACCUUGUGCAGCUGGUAUAACAACCGGGUGCAGCUGACGGCCUAGCAUAACAGCCUCGUGCAGCUUAUCGCGUGCAGCUGACAGCCUAGUACAUCAACCUCCUGCAGCUGGUAUAACAACCGGGUGCAGCUGUACAGCUGUGUCCCGGUGACAGCAACACAUAUGAGAGCCGCAGCUACACCUCUAAUCAAAGUGGCCAGAAACACAUGUUCAACAUGCAGCUGGCUCGGAAAUGGAUGCGACAGGGUUCUACUCGACCCCUUAUUUGAUGCAAUAAGCUUUCCACACUUAUAUGACUUUCCUUCUUCUUUCGAGUUAAUCAAAACUGUACGUGCCUUACUUUUGGUAGCGCCAUCUGCAAGAGUGAGCUAUGGCGGGCUACAUAGCAGACGUUCCCAAUAGCAAACUAUUACUAGCUUGGAUGAAGUACGGAACAGUUCCAACUCGGACUUUCAAGGUUCCCCAGUGUACCCAGAGGAAAGCAAGAUGAAGCUUGACAUUUCAAAACUCCAAACAUAAAGAUCGUCAGAAAAAAGUUAACGAGAAACAUUUAAAACGAGUGCUCGGGUGUGCACUUUGGCGAGACUUGUCAGCCAUUUCAAUUAAAUGACUGAAUUAAUCGCUGAAUUAAUAAAAAAAAAAAAUUCUGCUUUCUCUCAAUUUCGUCGGUUUAUCUCCCCAUCCACUUCAGAACAGCUUCUGUAACGUUAUUGUCUCGGAUGCCUUCAGUUGCAACUGCUGAAAACUGAACACAGCGACUUACGGCCAACACUGAACCUAACGACCGUCUUGACCUUUCCCCCCAGUUCAUGAUACAGAAUGUCUCCGCCCACCACCACCGAUGUUACGGGACGACCGAUGAAAUGUGCAAUGAAACUGCUGCUGACCACACAGGUUUACACCGCAUAGUAGGUGAUGACCCACACAACCGAAGGCUGGAAAGCUAAUUUUAUAGUUCGUGACUCGAGAUCUUCUUCCGAAGUACUUAUUGCUCGUGACAGCUGGUGCACGUGUGUCCUGGGAGGACAACGCCCACAACCCACUCUAUAUCAACGUGAUGGGACAGGCUUGAGGGAGAGGGAAUGGAGUAGGAUCGGAGAGAAAAGCCCGUUCUUGUGCCCUCGUUAUCAAACAGGACAAACAGAAGAGUGGAGAGGGGGACAGAAAGACAUGGGCGGAGACAUGUUCCGGAUGCGAAGUAGAACGGUUCUAGACUUCAUUUGAACCCAUUUCCUGUGUGCAUCCCAGCUAAAAGUGCAGCUCAAGGUUUGAAGAAUUUUUUAGACUUGAAGGUUUAUCUGCCUUCCCGCCAUUAGUGUUACGAACGCUUCUACAGUCCUGUUAUCUGUUACUGAUCAACUGUAUAGUCUGUCAAAGGACUGCUUCGAACACUGUCCUCUGCAACCAUGGCAGUAAUUAUUCAGUAGACAGAAGACAAAUGCUUCAAACAUGCCAUCCAGGUUGCAUUGCAAAUGGCAAUGAACCUCCAGAUACAAAUUUCAAAGCAAUAAUAAUUUGACAAGACUUGUCUUUGGCCGCGUGGUCAUCCGCCCAUUGUCAUCACAAAAAAGCUGAGAUGAGAUCACGACCUCGGUAACAUAGAGAUGAAAACACAGUUUGACAAGAGAACACUGUGCCGAAAUCGUGUACUUCAAGUAUUUGCCUUAUCUCAGCCGCAAAUAGGAUUUGACCAAAGGCCACUCCAUUCACUCUUUAACUCCGCCCCUUCUCGUGGUUUUACUGCCCGCAACGAGAUUACAAAACACGGGGGAAGGGAGCAUUUGUGUUUUACGCCGAGCCAGCAACUGCGACUAUAUCACAGCAAAGCAGCCAGCCCUGUAAACAGAUGCCAUGUGCAAAGAAAGAACAGUGUGCCUGAGACGAGAAAUGAACCCAGCUUGAUCAUCUGCCAUCUGGCUGACAACUACAUUAGUUGGCUGUAAAAUCCGCUCAUCACUGCAUUUAUUGUAUCCACUGCUGAAUACGUUCAGCAAUCAUAUUAAUAUAAUUAUUUGCUAAAACGUUUAUGGUUGUUUAUUAAACGAUGUACUUCAUGAGUAAAAUAA